AUGUGGCUGUUCAUGCUAACAGGCUUUGCUGAGAAGCUGCUUCAUGUUUUCAGCCUUCAGCUGACCUCUCUGUGGAAGAUGCUGAUACAUUUAUCCUCCUCAUUUGGGACAUUGCUAUGGUCUACUGAUGGCAAGAGGAGCAUUCAGCAGGGGAGAAAGAAAAGAGGAAAAAGAGAAGAGACCUUAGGAGAGGAAGAUGCAUCAGAGAUCCCUGUUAACCCCGUCAGUGUCAACUAUCAUUUCACACGCCAGUGUAACUACAAGUGUGGUUUCUGCUUCCACACUGCUAAGACAUCAUUUGUGCUUCCCCUAGAGGAAGCCAAGAGAGGCCUCCUUAUGCUUAAAGAAGCAGGUUUGGAGAAGAUCAACUUUUCAGGAGGAGAACCAUUUCUACAUGACAGGGGAGAAUUCCUAGGCAAAUUGGUGGAAUUCUGCAAAAAAGAACUAAAACUCCCCAGUGUCAGCAUCGUGAGUAAUGGAAGUCUGAUCAAAGAGAAAUGGUUCAAGAACUAUGGUGAAUACCUAGAUAUUCUUGCUAUUUCAUGUGAUAGUUUUGAUGAGCAAGUCAAUACACUGAUUGGUCGUGGACAAGGGAAGAAAAAUCACGUGGAGAACUUGUGGAAGCUGAGGAAGUGGUGUACAGAUUAUAGGGUAGCUUUCAAGAUCAAUUCUGUUAUUAACAGAUUUAAUGUGGAAGAAGACAUGAAUGAGCAGAUUCGAUACUUAAAUCCUGUUCGCUGGAAAGUGUUCCAGUGCCUAAUCAUUGAGGGUGAGAAUGCUGGAGAAGAUGCCCUAAGAGAAGCAGAGCGAUUUGUCAUUACUGAUGAAGAAUUUGAACAAUUCCUUGACCGGCAUAAAGACAUAUCUUGUUUGGUACCUGAAUCUAAUAAGAAGGCCUAUGGUCAAAAUCUGCUGGCCUGCUCAAACCAAAGUGGCAAAAAUGAGACAGUUAAUAGUAAUCAUCAUCCUUUCAAAGCACAAGACAGCUCCCUAGUGUAUGUUUGUUUUGAAAGAUGGCCGGGGUGGAGGUGGAAGGACAGUUGGGGGUGCCCGGAGUACAAUAAAGAGAAGGCACUGCAGACGCCCCAAGUCAGACCUUGCAGAGGCGCAACUGAGCCCCGGAGCCCAUGCCUGCGCGCGUUGGGCAGGGCGCGGGCUGAGAGCAGGGGGCGGGGGGAGCGGUCGGUGCCCGGAGGAGGGGCGGCGGCGGCGGCUGCUGCAGGAGCUGCAGCUGCUGCAGUGUCCGCUCGGGAGGGAGAGGGAGAGACAGAGACAGGCUGGAGAUUGCGCAGCCCCGAGGAGGCCGUGCCCGUGCCCGUGCCCGCGCCCGCCACGACAGAACUGCGGCAAACACCCAGGUAA